AUGAAGUCGGUUCUCGCUAUUUCCAGCCUCGUCUCUGCCGCUCUCGCCGCUGCAACUCCCAGAGCACUAGAUGAGUUCCAGCUCGUUAUCACCGACUCUGCGUCCCGCACCAGCGAGCUCCAGGACCGCGCCCUCAUCACCCAAGGCGACGCCUUCAUCGUGGCCAACAAGGGUGACCACGGCAUCAACUUCACCGGCGGUGACGGAUCCCUCGGUAUCCAGAACGGCGACGCAGUCUACGUCGGCACCGACGGCCAUGUCGAUCUCAAAAGCACCGACGGUGUGGCUUCCGGUGGGUUGACAGAUGGCUUCACCACGGGCAGCAACAAUGUCCUUGAAUGGACCCAGGGAAGCUUCUAUGCCUGUCCUCAUGUUAGCUUCUACGCUCAGGGGCCUGAUACAUACAUGAUCUAUGCCGAUCGCUCUGGUGCGACUCUCGACACGGAUUGCAUUCAGGUUACGCUUACUGAGACUGCCAUCUAAAUGUCUUGAUUGGUUAUGAUUUUGAGGAUGUGGAGGGAGGUUCUAUAGAACGUGUAACUAACUGAUACUGUCUUUUGGAAAUAUAUUAUGAUUUCGUUGAACUAGCUUCGAAGGACUCUACUGCGGAUCUAACUGUACGUAGAGAGUUGAG